AUAAAACAAAAUUAAGCCCGAAUAAAUCAAAUUAAAUCAAACAUAACGCAAUUUGAAAAAUCUAAUUUUAUAGGAACGUUGAUUUAAAUUUAUUGUAACGGGAUUCAAACCAAAAAAGAUUGCGUGCAGUUCUCUUUAGUUUUCAUUUGUUUAUAGUUUGAUCACCAUUCUUUCUUUUGUCAAAGUCAGUGUAUUCACACCAAACAAAUAAAAGUUACAUUCAAUUCAAUUUAAUGUGACUGAACUACAUGUAUUAUUUUUACUAAAAUACAAAUAUAUAUUAGAAUGUAAAGCAACCAAGGUUUAUUGUAUAAGCGUAAUGUAAAUUAGAGAAUGUGAAGUUGAUAUCAUUUGGUUAAAUACAAGACUCGUUUCCGACAAAAACACAAAAGGCAACGAGUCUUCUGAAAACUAACAGAAAGCAACGGUCACAUGCGCGGGUGAAAAAAAAACAAUUCUCGUUCUAAAUUUCUCAUCAUCAUCACACCCCUCUCUUCUUCCUUUCUUCUAACACUCUCUAGAGAUCAUCCUCAAUGAAACAAUGGAAGAAAGGUCCUGCUCGUGGCAAAGGGGGUCCACAAAACGCACUUUGUAGGUACCGUGGAGUAAGGCAAAGGACGUGGGGUAAAUGGGUGGCUGAGAUCAGAGAGCCCAAGAAGAGGACAAGACUCUGGCUCGGCUCUUUCGCUACUUCUGAAGAAGCAGCCAUGGCUUAUGACGAAGCCGCGCUGAAACUAUAUGGUCAUGACGCUUAUCUCAACUUACCUCAUCUUCAGCAACGGAAACAAGGGCCUCCUGUGAACAAUACACAGAGGUUUAAAUGGGUACCUUCAAAGAAGUUUAUCUCUAUGUUUCCUUCUCGUGGUGGUAUGCUUAACGUGAAUGCUCAGGCUAGUCUUCACAUUAUCCAGCAAAGAAAAAACGGACUUCUAUCUCAAUCCUUUUCUUGUAGCUCUUCCUCUACCGAAUCGAAAACUACUACUACUAACUAUCUUGAUGAAAAUACAAGCAAGGGGGCAGCAGACAAGAUGUUGGAUGAUGAUCAGAAGAAACCAGAGAUGGACCUGAAUGAGUUUCUUCAGCAGAUGGGAAUCUUGAAGGAUAAUAGUCAAGCAGAAGUAAGCCAAGUAGCAGAGUGUGAUUCCACUCCUCUCUGGAAGGAGCAAGAAGAAACUGGAAGUGAAGCCUCAGCUAUGCAUUUCGACUCCAGCAAUUUGGAAAGCUAUGGUGAUUUAGAGUAUGAUCUAGGCUUCCCUUCCAUCUGGAACUUCUGUGGAAUUUUAGAUGAGUGAAAAGCUACUUGAUGUAUCUCAGAUUCAGAAGCACUCGCGUGGUUUAAGAUUAGUCUAAUGUUUUUGAGUGUAACAUGGUUGGAAAGUGAUAUGCUCUCAGUUCAGUCUGUGCAGCAAUAAAAAUGUGUCAGUGUACUUCUGACGAUGAACGAGUUGUUCAUUUUUUUUUGUCAAUCCUUCAACUCAAGAGUUGGUAAAAACUAGUGAAUGUCACAUUCCUACAAGAAUGUUAUAUGUUUUGUGCAAGUAACCAUGCAAAAAGCUUACCUACCAUGGUGGCAUGAACAGACUAACCUGUAAAACAAGACGUGCCAUCAUAUAGACAACAACAAAAACAGAAUAACAUAAAGACACAUCACAUGAUCCAUUAGCACCUUACAAAAAGCUCACCUGCAUGCACUGAUCUAAAUCUGAACAAAACAUAAGAGGGAUAUAGACCCGUAAACGUAGAAACUGUCCUUUUCGUUGCAGCCUGACGUCUUUUAAACUAGGUCUAAACAAUAUCUACAGAUCUUUACAUGAUGA